AUGCUGUUGGAACUCCCGGACAUAUCACAUCCAUCAUCAAGUGCGGGAAAAGUGCUGAAAAAACUUGACAAGCUCUCAGAAGACAUGGAAAUGCUCUUGACUUCCGGUAAUACCUAUGAUGUGGUGUUGACAGCUGAUGAAUUUGAAGUUAAAGCUCAUAAAAUUAUUCUAUCUUCAAGAUCAUCUGUUUUUGCUAGAAUGUUUGCAAAUCCAAUGAAGGAAAAUUUGGAGAAUAAGGUAGUAAUAUCUAAUCUUGAUCGAGACUCAUUACAAGAUUUUGUGUUUUAUAUCUACACUGGUCGGAUAACGCUGAAAGAUCAUAAGAAAUGCAGAGAUCUAUUUAUUGCUGCUGAUCUGUAUGAUCUUCCCGAGUUGAGGGAUAUUUGCUCAGCCUGGUUGAAGUUUGUUACAUUUGAUUCGGCCGUUGAUUCUCUCAGAUUAGGGAAUGAUUAUGAUGACCAAGAGCUGAAGGAAGCUGCCAUGACUUUUAUUGCUGAAAAUUCUGAAGCAAUUAAAGCAACUGAAAAAUGGGCAUUACUCAUGCAGGAAAGGCCUCCUCUUGCACUUGAAAUGCUCUCAUAUAUGUUUAAUGGUGAUGUGUAG